AUGGCCAUGCAGGGCGAAUGGACACUUGGCCCCGUCAUUGGCCGCGGCGCCACUGCCAUCGUCUCCCUGGCGGCUCACGACAACUCCGGUGAUCUAUUCGCUGUCAAGUCCUCCCACGUCUCUCGAUCUGCUCUCCUUCAAAAGGAGCGGAGCAUCCUUUCCUCGCUUUCCUCCCCUCACAUCAUAUCAUGCCUCGGCUCCAGCGUUUCUGGCGAAUUUUACCACCUCUUUCUCGAGCUGGCCAGCGGCGGUGCCUUGUCCGACCACGCCGGACAUCUCGAAGAGCACAAAAUCCGAUCUUUCACUCUUCAGAUCCUUCUCGCACUCCGCUACCUCCAUUCCAACGGCAUUGUCCACUGCGACGUCAAGGGAAGGAACGUUCUCGUGGGCUCUGAUGGCAAGAUUAAGCUCGGGGACUUUGGCUGCGCUCGCCGUAUUGGAAAGGGGUUGGCGAUGGGGACACCGGCGUUCAUGGCACCGGAGGUGGUGCGAGGGGAGGAGCAGGGGAUUGCCGGAGAUGUGUGGUCGCUGGGGUGUACUGUGGUGGAGAUGGCGACAGGGAAGUCGCCGUGGCCGGACGCCGAUGAUCCCGUUGCGGCAAUUCAUCGAAUUGGAUUUACCUCCGACGUGCCGGCGAUGCCGGAGUGGGUUUCGGAGCAAGCGAAGGACUUCGUUACGAAGUGCUUCCAGCGAGAUCCGAAGGAGAGAUGGACAGCGGAGCAGCUAUUAAGCCAUCCAUUUGUGGCAGAAGCAGAGAAGGGCGAGGAAUGCUCUGUUCUGCCCCGUUUUAAUUUGGAACAGUGGAAGUGGAUCUCUCCUAAAACAACGCUGGAUUUUGAUUCAUGGGAUGCGGAAAUCGAUGAGGAAGAAGAAGAAGAAGAACUCCCAAGCCCAAUGGAGCAUUCGAUGGAGGGAAUUCAGCAGCUGGUGUCGCCACCAGCAAACUGGACUUGGGAUCACAACUGGACCGAAGUCCGAGCAACUAUCGACGACAGAAAGGCGGCAAUUCUGCCGGAAACUGGGUGUCGAAACUUGUUCUCCGGCGAAGCAGGAGAAUGCAGUGGGAGGGAUUUCGAUUUUGAUUUCUAUUGUGACGAGGACAUGGAUUCCUGUUGCUCUUCAAUGAAUUAUGAUAUGGAAGUUUUGAGCCCUGCUUCUUGUGUUGAUCAAUUCGAAGCAGGAGAUCAAACACAGAAUUUGAUCUGCAGUUGUAUUAGUUCUCAUUGGGAUUUCAAUGAAGAUUAA